AUGUUAAUGCGGCCAGAGUUACCCAAGCAAAUUAAACCAGGUCAACCUGCUUUAGUUGGUUCCAUUGAAUUAUGGUGGAAAUUUGAUAAUACUUGUGAAUAUAAUCAGGAUUGGACUUGUUUUGUUUGUGAAAAAGGUGAUAAAGAAAUUGCAAAUAUUCAAUUUUAUGUUCCAGGUUUAAUUGAUGAAGGUGUUUUAGUUUAUGAUGAUUUUGAUAAAUUAAAUGUUGGUAGUAUUGCAUUAUUUGGAAGUGGUGUUAAUGAUAAUAGAAGUACAGUUGUUACUCGUAAUCCAGGUGUUACAGGUGUAGUCCAAAAAUAUGAAAAUUUGGUUAGGUCAAGUUGUAUUUGGUCAACAUAUAUUCCUUUCAAUCCAACUUUAACAACAUUUGAAAUUAAAUGUUAUUAUGGAUGGAAUAAUGGUAUUAAUUAUAAUCAUACCUUUUCAUUAGCAAAUAGUGCAGCAGAUGUUAGAGUAGGUAAUGGUACAAAAUAUUAUUUUGAUGGUGAUACAUUAUACAUUAAAUUAAUUAAUCUUGAAUUAGGAGGUUAUCCAUGGGAAUAUUAUGAAAGAGAUGGUGUAAAACUUUACAUAAUUCAUACUCAAUUCUUUAUCACCAUUAAUGCAUACUUAGACGAAGAUUAUUACACAUACAAUACUGUUAAACAACCAAAUCAAGGUGGUUUUUACGAAAAUUUACCAUAUAAACUACCAUCAAGUACAUUAUAA